GACAUUUGUGGCGGUGUGUCAUCGGUGCCGUGUUGUCGUUUUUUUUUCUCCCGCACUGCCGUCGGUAAUUUAGUGUUUUUCUCGCGGAUUACGCGGAUUCGGUAACUGUUUGUGGUGAUAGUAAAAGAGCAGCAGUUUUCUUUCACACACAAAUUUGAAGCAUAACCAAAGCAUCGAAAAUGGUGGACUACGGAAAAGAGUUCAUGCUGUACCUGAUGAGCGAAAAGUGUUACGAUAAUUACUUCAUUGAGUUCGACCUGCUCGAUGGUGACUGUUUCCGUGCACUGCUCAGCAAGGGCUUGGGGCUGGGCAUAAUUGCCGGUUCGGUGUUGGUAAAGGUACCUCAAAUUACCAAGAUUCUCGGCAACAAAUCAGCCCGCGGUAUCAGCCUGUUUAGCGUGUGUCUGGAUCUGUUCGCGAUCACGAUUCACAUGGCGUACAGCUUCGUGAAUGGGUUCCCGUUUAGUGCCUGGGGUGAUACCGCGUUCCUGGCCCUGCAGACAGCCAUCAUCGCUAUGAUGGUGCUGUUCUUCGGUGGUUCCACGGUGCUGUCGGUGUUGUUUACGUUCGCCUACUCCGGGCUGGUGUACGUGCUGAUGGGCGGAUUAACACCGCUCAACUAUCUGCUGAUCGCGCAAGGCUUCAACGUGCCGAUACUGCUGCUCGGCAAGCUGUCCCAGGCGUUCACCAACUAUCGCAACGGUAGCACCGGUCAGCUAUCGGCGGUAACGUGCUUUAUGCUGCUGGCCGGUUCUAUGGCCCGCAUCUUCACGUCCAUUCAGGAAACGGGCGACCAAAUGAUGAUCAUCACGUACGGUUCGUCGACCUUUGCCAACCUGGUGAUCGCGCUGCAGGUGCUGUACUACUGGAACUCGGACAAGCAGAAGAAGGCUACCGCGGCGGGACCGGCUCCGGCAAAGAAACCGAAGGCCAAGAGCAAGAAAACAGACUAGAAACACUACGAAAGCGCUUGCGUUUGCUUUCUUCUUCUUCAAUUAAAGUGUGCAAACCGGGCAAACAGACACAGAAGAGCCCGGGCGUGUGUAUAGUUUUAAGCUGGAAAUAGCUACACAAUUCCACACACUAAAAGACUAUAAGUAAAUGACAAAACGAGGCGUUCGGAGGCUGAGUUUGUAGCAGCUAGUGCAGCCAGGUGUUUGUAGUAAAAAUAAAUUACCAAUAAUACUCCCAAGCGUUCCACA